AUGCUUGCCCGCAACUUCCGAGUUGGUCAAACGUGUCGAAUCGUUUGCCGACAGCUCCAGACUCUUCCAACACCUCCAGACACAUCUUCUCUACCUCCUCCCCAACCCAACCGUCGCAGUCAGGUUCAACUCCAUCCAACUCCCAUAAAGCCACCGCCCAAAACAACCAGCGCAACGCGUUCAGCUGGUCCUGUUGUUCAAACAAAGCAGCCCGCUUCACUCAAAACUCUCAAAGAGACAACAGCGAAGGAUAUCAGCGACGCUGAAGCCCAUGGCAUCCUCACUCCACCUGAUCCCUCGGCUGGUUGGGCAAAGGCAACGCUCCAUAAAGCCAUACAACUUGCCAAGUUUUACUAUCGUGGGGUCAAGCUCGUCUACACCCGUGGCCAGAUAGUGCGCCAAAUUCACCAACGAAUUGACUCAGGUGGCGCGCCGUUGGAGAGGUGGGAGCAUCGUCUCUUCCACACGCAGGCAACAGACAUAAGACGAGUAGUACCCUUCGUCCUCACCGCUCUCAUUAUCGAGGAAGUCAUUCCGUUGAUAAUCAUUUGGGCGCCAGGCUUCCUUCCCUCUACCUGCAUCCUGCCCUCUCAACGCGAGCGAAUACAAGAACAAGCAACCAGUAAAGCCUUAGACCUUGCAAUUGCUCAUGGCGCGAAGUUGACGACAAUGACCCAAAGUGCGACUGGAGGCACAAUAUCGUUAGCCGCUCUCCCAGAACCCACGGUCAUCUGUGGGGUUCGUUUUUUCAGACUUCUCGGUCUCUCAACGUUUGGCUUCAACUUCAUGCGACGCCGGCGGAUCCAUCGGCACCUAACCUUUGUGGAAAAAGACGACGUUUUCCUGUCGAAAGACAGUAUCCACCACUUAUCCUCUCAAGACCUUCAACAAGCAUUGCGUGAGCGUGGCAUAAUUCCGCGCGGACUCGACACGCCCCAGCAAAUUCAAAAGCUGACAUGGUGGCUCAAGUCGGUCCAAGAGAAAUCAGAUGCAGUCGCCCGUCGCAUCUACCUUGUUGCUCUCAUGGCGUCACGAUAA